AUGCAAGUUGCCUUAGCCCAGGAACUGAUGAAGUACUCCCUGGAAAUCAAGACCAAAGAAUCCGAUGUGAUAGUAGCCUUUAGUAACGCACUGAUGGAUAUCCCUAAAAUAAUCUGUGAUAACUGUGGAUUUGAUGGAGAUAAUAGUAAAAAUCUCCUUAAAUCGAAAUACAACAGUAUGAAGAAUUUAAAAAACUUUACCCAUGGUAUUGAUAUUAAAAAUGGUCUUUCCAUCUGUAUGAAGGAAAUCGGAGUAUUAGAAGGAUUUGAAAUGAAGAGAAGGGUAAUCACUGCGGCCUGUGAAACAGCUCAGACGAUUCUUAAGGUUGAUGGAGUUGCUAGAUGUGCCCCACGAUUGUUUGUCAAUAUCCUCUUUAAUAGCUAA